GUCGCACGCGGCUGGCUAUACACACCAAGCGAUACCGCAGGGUACUAAACUGUCUCACUCUCUUUCUCACUCGCUCUCACUCAUUCUCACUCACUGUCCCUUUCUCUCGCAAUCCGUCCCUAUCCUACCCCCUCUCUCUCUCUCUCUCUCUCUCACUCUUCAACCCUAUUUUGUUCACCCUCCCACCAUCACUCGGCGGCGUGCGUGUGUGUGCGCGUUCUGAAAGUAGCUACUCCUCGCGCGCAACUCGGAUUUGACACCGGACAACGCACACGCAAAAGUCGCUCGGUCCUAUCCGUAUUUUGUAACGAGGACGAAGACGCGCGCGCGUUGUUGUUAUACGGUUUAUUAUUGCGCAUUUGCGCCCGGACCACGAUUCCGUUGUUUAUUUCACAAAUUUCUAUCCCCGUCCCUCUCGCUCGCUCGUUAUUUACCCUCUCUAUCACACCGUCUUCAUAUUUUCCCUUGUUCUUUCGUCGUGGUCGCCGUCGUCGUCAUCAUCGCGCGGACCCUGCAUUAUUCUCGCAUUUUCUUCAUUUCUUCGUCCCUUUCACUUCUCGCAUAACAUCAGAUACACCGCAUAUUCGCCGCAGCCGCGCAGUAAUCCGCACCACCCCGUUCGGCGGGCAUCGGAUGAAAAAAUAAUAUCAAUACUGUUCGCGCGCGGAAGAGAUAAUAUUUUGUUUUAUUUUUUUCGAAAAAAUAAAUAAAUAAAUAAAUAAUAAAAAAAUCAAACGUGAACCGCUGACCACUCUCGUGCUGCCGUCUCGUUGUCGACGACAUGAUCGCACUGGCCUACGCGUCCGAAACGACGGUGUCGGAGCCGCCGUUGCGAUCGUCGUCGUCGUCGUCGUCGUCGUCGUCGUCGUCGUCGUCGUCUCCGCCGCCGCCGCUGCAGCAGCAGCCGACGUCGAUUCGGCCGUGUGCGCCACUGCAAUAAUAAUAGUAAUAACAGCAGCAGCACUCCGUAACAGCCGAUGGUGAGGAAAAGAACUCGGUCCCGCGGCAUCAAUGUGGUGUGAUGACGCUCGCGGUGCUGACGUCGUCCACGGAACAAUGUCGUAGACGCACCACUACGUUUGUGGUUUUCCGCGAUCGGUCAAAGCUUCUCGUCGUCAAAGGAAGUGAGGAGAUAUAUGUGUUCUAUUGAAUUGUUCAAAUACUUCAAAUUCUGACAAAAUGAAGUUAAAUUCUUUCAACCAACUUUUACCGUACGCUUCUGGAUCAAAAACUAAGGAUUUUAUAACCUGCACUAUACUUCUUCUCUUAUUUAUUGGUGAUGUCAAAACUAUGACCCACAUCUUGAGACAUCACCAACAAAGAGACAACACCGGGCUGAGUACUUUGAGCCCUUUAGAGCAAUUAACUUGGCCUCUUUCAGAUGUUAAGUUAGCAUGCGGAAUUUCACCCGCUUUAAAUGUUACGUCCAAUUGGUUACAAAUGAAACUAAAAUGGCUGCACAAUGGGAAGAGUGUGGAUCUCGGACAUCGUUAUAGCUUAAACCAUAACACAGGAGUUUUAGUAAUCACUAAUGUAAGACUCGAUGAUAAUGGAAUAUGGCAAUGUGUAAACGAUAAACAAUUGGCCAGAGCAAUUAAUUUAAUAGUCUUAGAAACCCCGAAGGAACCUUACUUAUUAAUAGACGGCCAUCGUUUAGAUCCAGGAAAUUUGUUUGUACCGGUAAAAGAAAAUAUGGAUUUGAGUAUAGAGUGUGUGGUUGACGGUGGAAACCCAAUUCCGUCCUUACAUUGGUUACUGUUUCCAAGUAAUUCCAAUUUAGAAAAUGAAGCAAUGUCUUCCGGAUUAUUGCAGUCUAACGAUUCUUACCAAGAAAAAGAUGUUAGUCGAAGUUCAGCGAAAAUUCAAAGAGUUCUUAGAGCUCAUCAUAAUGCCACUGUGGCAUGUAUAGUUACACAUGUUACUCUUGUUAACCCCUUGAAUACUUCUAUUCUUCUUGAUGUUCAAUAUACUCCUUCUUUUGGAAUUAGUAGAAUUCCUGGAUUUGGAAUACCUAUUAGAGAAGGUAUUUCAGUGUCUCUAAAAUGCGAUGUAGAUUCCAAUCCACCGUCGUCUCCUGUCUGGCAAAAAGAUGAUAGCGUGCCACCUGUUCUUCAAACUGAUGAUGGUUUUUUAAAUUUUUCAUCAAUACGAAGAAACCAUAGUGGCUGGUAUAAAUGCACAAGCAGGCACUUGCUAUCGGAAUACUCGUCAAUUGGUUAUUUUUUAAAUGUUAGAUACAAUUCGAACGAACUCGAAUCGGUCCGAAAAGAAUUAAUCGAAGAAGAUAAUGCUGGUUCCCAUGAAUCUGUUGAGGUAACCGUCGGUGGUGAGGUGCAAUUGGAAUGUCCGUCGGGACCUAGUACUGCAAUACCAUGUUGGGCAAAGACUGGCAACGAAAACGAACUACAACCAAUUGGCCCAAGUAGCAGUCUUCACAUUGAUCAAGUGUUAUAUCAAGAGGCUGGUGAAUACAAAUGUAUUGUUGGUAGUAAAAAUCAAAAUCUAGAAAAGCUCCGCGUGUAUACUCUUCAUUUGAACGUUGUUGGAGGUCCAGUUAUUUACACUGAAAAUAGAACUGUUGUUGCACACGAAGGAAACGACACCAGAUUAUCAGCCGAGUUUUGUUCUAAUCCGAUGGUAAACAAAGUAUUUUGGAUAGCAAGUGAUAAAGUCAUUAGACCAGGAACAGCUGUAGGACCAAUUACAGCCCAUAGCAUAACUUCAUCUACAUCUUCCUACUGCCAAGUAGCCACACUCACGAUACAAUCGGUGACGCCAACGCACAGUGGAGAGUAUAAUCUGAUCGUCGGUUCCGGUAAAACGUUAGUAGAAGCUACAGUCAUAUUGAGUGUGACAAAAAGUACACGAAACAGAGAGCCCGUCCAAACAUCUAGUUCACAUUCAGUUUGCUCAAAAAUGUUUGAUAAUUACUUAAUUAUGUGUUUAGUUACGUCAAUUUUUACGCAUUUAAAAAAUUAAAAAAAAAUAUUUAUAUGUUACAUUAUAUUAUAUAAAAAAAAGAAAAAGAGAACAAAUUGUAUAGCAGUUCUUAUUGUUGUUUGAUUGUUGAUUAAUGCAUGUCAUGGAUAUGUUUAGGUAAUAUGUAUAAAUAUAUAUACAUGUGUGUGUGUGUAUAUAUAUAUAUAUACACUAAAAUAAAAAUAUUUUGAAAACGAAAAUCUUUGAUAUCAAGGAUAUCAAGUGUUAUAAUAUACAUAAUGAUCCGUCUAUUAGCAACUGUAGAAAUAUAAAUUGGAUAUCAAAUUAUUUUAU